AUAACAUAUGUUUGUUUCCUCAUCAGAUGAACAUCUAACUGUCAUUUAAACUUCUGACACAAAUAUUUACAUGCAGUCAGUCUAGUUGAGUGAAGAUCACUCCAUGUGAACUCGCAUCAGAAAAUCAAUGCCUGAUCUGGCUUCUUGAAUAAUAAACACAGUGGACUAUCAGAUUCCAUAAUGGUGUUCAUUGUUUUUAAAAGUGUCGUAUGGUCACUGUUGAUUAUCCUCUGUAAAUGUUUAAUAUCCACCACUGAAUCAGGAGCAGCAGUUAGUCCAGUUUUGGGCUGUAAGCUUGAUAACGACACAUACAUCUGCACUGGUGCUCAAUACCGCAUGUACUGCAACACAACAAUGCAUCGCUUCUACUACUGGAGAUACCAAAACCAAAACCAAUAUCAGUGCUUGAGUAAUGACUGUAUCUGUGUGGGUAAUAAUGACACCUGUGCAUGCUACUAUAAUACUUCAUCCUGCUUCUGUGAGAAUUUUAGUAAUAACAACACCAUCCCUACAGCAGUUAGGCCAGUCUAUGAUUGUGUGCUUUAUAACGACACAUACAUCUGCACUGGUGUUCAGUACCGCAUGUACUGCAACACAACAAUGCAUCAUUUCAAUUACCAAAGAUAUAGAUAUCAAAACCAAUACAAAUACGAAUGCUGGAGUAAUAACUGUGACUGCAUUGGUAAUAAUGACACCUGUACAUGCUCUAGUAGCACUUUGUCCUCCUGCUUCUGUGAGAGUUACAGCAAAAACAUCACUAUCCCUACAGCAGUUAGUCCAGUCUAUGACUGUGUCCUUUAUAACGACACGUACAUCUGCACUGGUGCUCAAUACCGCAUGUACUGCAACACAAGAAUGCAUGAUUUUAACUACCACAGAUAUAUAUACCAAAACCAAUAUGAUUACCAGUGCUGGAGUUAUAACUGUAACUGCAUUGGUAAUAAUGACACCUGUACAUGCUCUAAUAGCUCUUUGUCCUCCUGCUUCUGUGAGAGUUACAGCAAAAACAUCACUAUCCCUACAGCACAUAGUCCAGCCACAGUCCCUGAAUGUGUCCUUUAUAACGACACAUACAUCUGCACUGGUGCUCAGUACCGCAUGUACUGCAACACCAGAAUGCAUGAUUUCUCCUACCAGAGAUAUCAAAACCAAGACUUGUUCCAAUGCUGGAAUGGUAUCAUCAACACAAAUAAACGUGACUUCUUUGUCUUUAAAAAUCACCUUAUGAAUAAUAACUGUUACUGCAUUGGUAAUAAGGACACCUGUACAUGCUACGGCCUUACCGCCUCCUCCUGCUUCUGCGAGUAUAACAACUCCACCCCAACCACACUCAGUUCAACCACUACAGGUCUGGAUAACAUACUGCCGGAUCAAUGCAGAAGUCAGAUCUCUGGAGGAUGUCUUCAAAAUCUUCUCGACAAUAUAGAGAGAAUUACAGAUCAAGUGCUUCCUUUGAUUGUUGUGACUACAGUUUUGGAUGUGGCUCUUAACACUUCAAAGAUUUCGGGGUCAGCUGACACAAAGGAACAAGUGACAUUAGGAAACAGUGUAAUAAAAGCCAGUGAGAAGCUCAUAUCUUCACUGGUGAAGCCAACAGACACAAGUGACAAUGUCAGUUUUACUCUCGACUCCAUAGAGGUACAAGUCUUCAUGAUUGGACCAAAAUUUACUUCAGAUCAAAUCUCUCAGCUGGACACCAAAAAUGCUUCUAUGGACAUUGAUCUUGUUGGGAUUGCAAAGAGUAACAACGGAACAGCUGCUGUGGCAAUUAUGUGCUAUUCAACAAUGGAAACUUUACUGAAGCCAGAAUUAUUCAACUCGUCAAAUGACACGGUUAAAACCAUGAUGUCCACUGUGAUCUCAGCUACUCUUCCCAAAACCACCAACACUGAACUCACCAAAUCAGUCAACUUCACCCUCAAACACAUCAGAGAGUUUGACCCCAGCGGUUCUCUGUCCUGUGUGUACUGGAAUAUCAGCGAGUGGAUUGUAGAUGGUUGUUCUGUUUUAGAGACCAACAGCAGCUACACUGUGUGUUCCUGUGUUCAUCUGUCGACAUUCGCUCUCAUCAUGCAAACCAGCAGACCACCAGAGGUACGAGAACAUGUCAGACAGAACGAUUCACUGCUGGAUCUGUUGAAUUUGGUGUGUGUGAUCGUGGGGCUGGUGUUCAUCAGUUUGGCCCUGUUGACCUUUUCCCUUUGUCAGUGGAGUCCUGGAGUGAAUAAUGUGGCUCGAAUCAACAUCUGCAUCAGUCUUCUGCUGGCUCACACUCUGUUCCUGCUCACACAACAGUUCCUGAGCCUCAUACGCCCUCAUCAGGUGUUGUGUGCCGUGAUAUCAGGUGUGCUGCAGUUCCUCUUUCUCUCUGGUUUUGUGUGGAUGUUCAUUGAAGCUGUGCUGCUCUUCAUCUGUGUGAAGAACCUAUCACAGAUCAGCUCCAAAAAGAGGGAGGUGCUUAGCACUGGAUACCUGUGUGUGAUUGGAUAUAUGGUUGCUCUGGUUGUGGUGGGCGUGUCUGUCGGGCUUGUUCCUGAAGGCUAUGGCAGCGAACACUGCUGGAUUAAAAGGGAUAAAGAUUUUAUCUGGAGUUUUCUGGGUCCUGUUUGUGUCAUACUAGCAUUGAACAUGAUUCUCUUCAUCAACAUCUUCAUCAAUCUGAACUCAACUCUCAAAAAACUGAACGCUGAAGUUUCACAGAUGAAACAAACCAACUCUACUAUAAAAGAACAGAACAUGUAGUCAAUAAAGACACAUUAACGCUCUCUUUUUUCCCUCUCUGCAGGACUAUGACAUUUAAAACACUGGCUCAGUUUGUGGUUCUUGGUUGCUCCUGGGUUCUGGGUUUCUUCACUAAUGGCAGUAAGGAGCUGGAGAUCCUCUUCCUGAUCUUGAACUCCCAGCAGGGAACCUUCAUCUUCCUGGUCUAUUGUGUCUUUAAUAAUGAGGUCAGACAGCAAUACCAGAAGUUCUUCAGAUGUCUUUGCUGUGGACUCAAACCCAACAACAUCAAAAGUGUCCAG